AUGGGUGCUUUCUUAGAAGCUUUGGAUACUUUAUUUUUCAUUUCAAAUGGAAAGAGACAACAUUUACAAUAUGAAUUAUUUGGAAAACCACACAAAGUCACCUAUGAUUAUGCAAAGAAAGUUUUAAUUGACCAAUUGAGAUCCUCACAUGCUGGUCAUGAAGAUAGAGAUAAUGUCGAUGAUAUGACUAUUUAUGCAAUUGGUGACAAUCCAUUGAGUGAUAUCAAAGGUGCAAAUGGUGCUGGAUUUGUUUCCAUGUUAUUGAGAACUGGAGUUUGGCAAUCAAGUGAAGAAAAUGAUUCACAAAAUCCUGCAACUCACGUAUUUCCAUCUGUUAGGGAAGCAUUUAAAUUUAUUUGUGAUAAACAUUUAUAA